AAUGGAUCAUCGUAAAUUCCCUAUAGACAGUCAAAGUUGUAAUCUGAACUUUUUGUCGUAUGCUUAUGCGACCACCUUGCUUCAAUUUUCUCUCAAGAAACAAGAAACUGAAGUACGAUUCAUUGAGCUUCAACAAUUUAACUACGUUGGAACAAUGAUGCACGAAGAUAAGGAAGGAGGGAAAGGUACAACACCAAGUGUGACCAUUGUCGUGCAAUUUGAACGUCGUCUUGGUUAUUAUAUUAUUCAAAUAUGCAUCCCAUCUGUAUUUCUUGUCUUGUUGUCCUGGCUUUCAUUUUUCAUGGAUUCUGAGGACAUCGCUAAUCGUGUAACACUUGAGGUCACCAUAAUUGUAGCUAUUGUCUUCUUGUUAACAAGUAGCAAUAGCUCCAUGCCUACGUUUUUAUCAUACAUACUUUAUAACAUUGUGUACUGGACCUACUAUCUAUAAAAAAUGAAGCUAAUUAGCAAAAUACCUAUUUCAACAGGUUAAGCCAAAUAUAAAUAUAAUCAA